GUCCCCGAGCCUAUUCUACAUGAUACCAGCAAGUCGUCAAAUAUUACAUCAUCAUCGCCAUUAUCUACAUUGGCAGGAUCAACAACUCAGCUACAACCUACAUCUUCCUCCUCACUACCAUUGUCGACCUCUGGCUCCUCAGUGGCCUUGAUGUAUACUUCAUCCUCGGCCCCAACGUCCACCACUGUCACUACUGCUCCAACGCCUAAUUUGGGCCUUCCAAAUUCUCCUUUACUUCAUCAACCUCCAGUUACUACUGUAUUAGCUACUACUGCUGUAACUCCAGGUUUAAGUCAUGCGAUGAUGUUGAAUACUGAUGCCUCAAGUCCCCCACUUCCACCACUGCUCGGGCCAGUUGAAUUUUACACUCUUUUGGCUACCAGUGCAGCUUCUGGACUCGGACCUAGCCUGCCAAGCAAUCCAGCUGCAUUGGCUGCGGUUUAUGAGCAGUAUGCUCUGAUGCGACAAGCUCAUAUUCUUCAGGCAGCCUCUGUCUCUUCACCGGCAACAGUUCGUAUCCCACCAUCUUCGCAAUCACAAGCAUUGUAUUCAGCUCCAAUUCACACCGAUCACCAAUCCACUGUUCCAAUUUUAGCGCAACAGCAUCACCAUUCUCUACAGAUUCCGACUUGUACUUGGCAAAACACACUUCCAAUUAAUCAAGUCUCUCAGAUUGUUGGUUGCUCAUCCCCACCCGCUUCUAAUUCAAACCCUCUUCGUGGCUCUUCGACUUGUCAUAUGAAUCUAGGUCUUGGGCCGAGUACCACUUGCUCCCCAUUGGGAAAGGCUUCAAAUCAUAUGUCUCCUUCCUCAUCCUUUCUUCAUGUCACCUCAUCAGGAUUCCCUUUUACCACUCCUCCAGUUGCCGGUAUCUUCUCAUCAGGGGGAGGAAAUUCCUGUGGAGAACGUCCUGUCGGGGAUGGUGUCAAUGAAUUAUUGUUUCAUCCAGUCUCUUCAUCCUCCACAACUGGUGUUGUCUCACAUCAAGGCCGCCUUGCUGCUGCUUCUGGUGGGACCUACUAUCCACCAACUGUACCUUCCUGCAUGCCUCCGCCACCACCACCUCCACUUCCACUAGCUCAUUUAGCUCCUGGGGUCUCCGGCCCUUCCAGAGGCGGGCCUAUGGCCACGGUUCAACUUCUUCCACCGCCAACGCCCGGUUCUCCGUUCCUUGGUCACCACCAUCACCAACACUCACACCAUCCUCAUCACCAUCAUCAAGGCUUUGGGGCUACUCUAAUGGGGCCUCGUGAAACCCGACCCACACCUCAUAGUCAGUCAGCAACGCAUCGCAGGUCUCCUCAACAGCCUAGUCUUUCUCAAGCACAUCAACAUCACCACCACCUACACCAAUCUCAGCUCCAUAUUGUAGAUCAAACUUCUCUUUUAUCUCAUCACCAGCAAGCAACACCUGCUACGCCUCAUCAUCAGACUCAGCAUCACUCACCACCAACUACAGGAGGUUCAUCCUCGUCGGCACUUAUACCAUCUGGCCAGUCAAUGUCCUCGACCUCUCCUAUGCUCCCUUGUAGCCUGGCAACAUCGAUGAAUUCAGAUAAACAAAGUAAAUAUUUUAUAUGUUUUGUACAUUAG